CCAUAAAAAAAACUCAUGGGCUCAUCAACACGAUCCAAGCCUCAUGCUGUGUGCAUGCCUCUCCCAGCUCAAGGCCACAUAAACGCCAUGAUAAAGUUAGCGAAGCUCCUCCACUUCAAAGGCUUCCACAUAACCUUCAUCUACACUGAAUCCAUCUACAAUCGAAUACUUGCCAGCAGCUCUCCAGACUCUCUUCCGUGCUCCACUGAUUUCCAAUUUGAGACGAUCCCUGAUGGCAUGAUGGCGGGUGAUAUGGUUUCUUUUUUUGAGUCUGUUCGUGAUGAUUUUGCUGAUCCUUUUGGUGAACUUGUUAAGAGACUCAAUGAGCCUUCCUCUGGAGUUCCUCCGGUGAGCUGUAUAAUUUCUGAUAGCUUUACUAGUUUCACGCUUGGGGUUGCUGCGGAGCUUGGAAUACCUGAUGUUUUCUUUUGUUCUGUGAGUGCUUGUUCCUACUUGGGCAUGCUUCAGUAUGAUGAGCUCAUCCGAAGAGGGCUCGUACCACCCGAAAGUGAACGUGAUCUUAGCAAUAGCUAUCUCGAAACUUCAAUUGAUUGGAUACCUGGGAUGAUCAAAAGCAUGCGAGUCAAAGAUCUCCCAAACUUCCUUCAACAAGACAAAAUCUUCAAAUAUUUCAAAGAUGAAGUGCAAUCAGCUCUUCAAGCCACAGCAAUCAUCAUGAACACGUUCGACGAACUGGAGUUCCCAGUUCUUAACAGAUUAUCCGCAAUAUUUCCUCCUAUCUACACCCUAGGCCCAUUAAAUUUGCUAUAUGAUCACAUUCCUGACAAAUCACUGAAAAACGUCAGGUCUAGCUUUUGGAAAGAAGACCAUGAUUGCUUAAAAUGGCUAGGUGACAGAAUGCCUCAAUCGGUGAUAUAUAUAAACUUUGGGAGUGUUGCAGUUUUCAAAAACCAACAGUUGAUAGAGUUCGGAUGGGGAAUAGCAAAUAGCGGUCAUGAUUUCUUGUGGGUUAUCAGACCCGAUAUUGUGGACGGCGAUUCUGCAAUUUUACCAAAAGGGUUUUUAAGGGAGAUCGAAGGGCGAGGUUUUCUUACUAGUUGGUGUCCACAAGAAGAAGUGCUUACGCAUUCAUCAAUCGGAGGGUUUCUGACACAUUGUGGAUGGAAUUCUACGAUGGAGAGUAUGAGCUUUGGUGUGCCAGUGUUAUGUUAUCCUUAUUUUGGAGAUCAACAGACAAAUUGCCGGUAUUUGUGUGAUGAAUGGGGGAUUGGAUUGGAGAUUGGUGAUGAUGUGAGGAGAGAGGAGGUGGCGGAAAAGAUUAGGGAGUUGAUGGGAGGAGAAAAGGGGAAGGAUAUGAGGAGGAAUGCAGCAAAAUUGAAGGAGAACGCUACGAAGGCGAGCGAGGUUGGCGGGUCUUCGUUUUUGAAUUUGGAGAGAGUAAUCAAGGAGGUGCUUGGGAAAGAGAGAAGUUGCAUCUGAUUUUACCUAGUUUAUGUUCAAUUCACGGACUAGUAUCAUAAUAAGGAUGGUUUGAUGGAGGGACGGUUUCCUAUCAUGUAUCUUCUAUAUAGAUAUUGAACAUGUGAUUGUUUGCAAACUCAAAAGAAUAAGUGAGAUGUACACAGAAGCCCUUGGAAGGUCAAAGACUGGCAAAGGCCUAUGAUACUGAUUUACUGAGGAAAUGAUUUUAAGAGGAGCAACGGUCUGAUGCCGAGACGUACAGUCUUGUGAGACUCAUUGUGCAGUUCAAGAAAUGAUUUCCUCAUCUGCGCAGUUGUCUCUUCGAGGUGAACACGAUCUCAGCAACGCAUAUCUUGGCACUCCGAUCGACUGGAUACCUGGAAUGAUCAAAAGCAUGCGAGUCGAAGACCUCCCAAACAUCCUUCAACACGAAAAAAAAUCUUCCACGCACUUCAGAACCGAGGUUCGAGCAGCUUCUAGAGCGUCUGCUAUCAUUCUAAACACAUUCGACGAACUUGAACCCGCAGUUCUUAACGAAUCAUCAUCAAUAUUGUGAAUGGCGAUCCAGCAGUUUUACUGAAAGAGUUUUCGAGUGAGGUCGAAGGGAGAGGUUUCCUCGCUAGUUGGUGCCCACAAGAUGAAGUUCUUAAGCGUUCAUCUGUUGGAGGAUUCUUGGCACAUCGUGGAUGGAAUUCUACGAUAUUGGAGAGUAUGAGCUCAGGUGUGCCGGUGUUAUAUAUGUCAUCCUUUUUAGGGAGAUCAACAGACGAAUUGUAGGUAUUUGUGUGAUGAAUGAGGGAUUGGAGAGUAAUCAAGGAGGUGCUUCUGACAGGGAGAAAAUAUAUCUGGUUAUACUCAGUUUAGGUCCAAUAUAUC